UCAAGACCAAACCUCCCAGAGGUGGGUGUCUUCCCCAGCCUUGGGCCUCUCCAGUCGGACAACACCCAUACAGAAGACCAGGAUGAGGUGGUGGAAGAGGACGAGGAGGCAGUGGUCCUUGGAGGACCUAGGAGUGACUCGGGAAGAGCAGGGAGAGGAGGGGAGAUCUCUCCCCUGACCACAGUCCCCUUGGCAUCUCUGGCGCCCACGGUCGACUUCACCGAGGAUUCAUGGGACCGUCUGGAGGACGAGGAGAUGUUCGCUGGGAAGGAGAUCCAGGAGAAGGAGCAGAGGCAGCAGCAGGAGAGGAGGCAGGAGGAGGAAAGGAGGAAUGAAGAGGAGGAGCAGGAGGUCAGGCAUGGAGGAACAGAGCUGUUAACAGAGGCAGAGCUCCUCCACGGCGCUCACUACUCACAGGAGAUACAGCAGGUGAUCUGUGUCGACUGGAGCGAUCUGGCCGGGAAGGGCUACGUCAUGCUCAACAUGUCAGACAACGUUGACUGUGAMGAGUUCCGUGUGGAGAGUGGAGACCGGCUCUUGGAGCUGCUAGAGACGGCCUUCUCGAGGAAGAUGAACAGUCCUCAGGGCUCCUGGCUCAUCUCUCUCUCUAAACCCACCAGACAGGACCACCAGCUGCUCAUCACACUGGCCAGCGAACACGGAGUUAUUGCCACCAAGGAUAUGUUGUCAAUGUUAGGAGAAAUCAGGAGAGGUUUACACGAGAUCGGUAUCCAGAACUACAGCAGUGCUAGUACCUGUCACUCCAGACCCAGUCAGACUCGUAGUGACUACGGGAAGCUGUUCGUGGUCCUGGUGAUCAUAGGUUCUGUCUGUGUGGUCAUCAUCGCAUCUGGUCUCAUCUAUAUCUUCUUGCAGAGACGCCUGCCUAAGAUCAAGACUAUGACUCGYGGCGAGGAAUUCCAUUUUGUGGAGAACGGCUGCCAUGACAAUCCUACCCUGGAUGUGACGAGUGACGGGGGGGGGCAGCCAGAGAUGCAGGAGAAGAAACAUCGCCAUGCCAACGGACUGACGGCUGGGUCUGGGGGGGAGGGAGGGAGUAGUGGCUGGCAGGUCCUGGUCAACAAACCUGGAGGGAAGGAAGAGGAUAAUAUGGAAGAGGAUACUCACCUUUAGUAGAGAGAAGAAGAGUGGAAGAGGAUACACACCUUUAGUAGAGAGAAGAAGAGUGAAAGAGGAGAAGGAGGGUGGAAAAGAUAGCCCGGGUCCAGAUCUGUUUCUGUGUCUUGCCAACUUCUAUGGUCACUGUCACAUUUGGCGUGGCAAGACAGCACAAACAGAUCUGGGAGUCGGACUAGGCUAGAAAGAGAACUCACGAUGAAGACACAAAACAUCAGUGUUGUGAAACUUGUGAAUGCAUCGGCUGUCAAAUUAUACCGAGCAAAAAUAUAAACGCAACAUGUAAAGUGUUGGUCCCAUGUUUCAUGAGCUGAAAUAAAGAAUCACAGAAAUUU